AUGUAUUUCAAACUUUUCUUAUUUACAUUCAUUACUCGUUCAUACUCGUUAAAUCUUCUCGAUAUAUGUCAAUCAGGUAUUCGUGAUGAUGGAAUGAAUUAUGUUCAUUGCGCACGAAAAUCACUUACUGACAUACCUCGCUUCUCGUCGAAUCGCUUAUUCAAUUUAGCAUUCGAUGAACUCAUCCUCUCGGAUAAUCCCAUCACACAUAUUCAUGCGAAUGCGUUUCUUGGUUUACGUAUAAAACGCUUAAUCAUGUCCGGAACUCGUUUGAAGUCAAUCGAUCAACACGCGUUUCGUGAAUUGGAAAAUUAUCUCGAAGAGAUCACUUUAGAGUUUGAUUCAAGCGUUGUCGAUCGAAUUCCACAAGCUAUUCAAACGAAUCUUCUUAAUAUCAAAAGCUUAACUCUCAUCGGCUUGAAUCUCCGAAUCCUCCCAUCGAAUGUCUUCAAUCAAAUGAAAAAAUUAGAAUAUCUCAAUCUGAAAUCUUGUCAUAUUCAGCAAAUAGAAGUCGAUGUAUUUCAACCGAUUGUAAAUCAACUGCGAUAUUUAUACCUUGAUUAUAACCAAUUAACAAAACAUGUCUUCGGGGAAAUCAAGCAUUUGAUUUACUUAGAAAAAUUAUCGUUAUCACAUAACAAUAUUCAAGAAUUCGAUGCUAGAUUGCCGAAUAAACAUUUAACUUAUCUCGAUUUAUCGUACAAUUACUUGAAGAGUUUAGUUUUGAUCAAUUUGACGAAUCUGCAAACACUAAAUUUACAAAACAAUCUUCUCACUUCCGAGCAAAUCACCGGUUUGAUACCAAAAAAAUUAAAAGAACUAAAUCUGGAUUUCAAUUCGAUUCAUUUCCUCGAUAAACAGCGGAUACCCAGAGAGAAUUCUUUAGAAAUCUUAUCUAUACAAAGCAACGAUUUCCUGUUGGCCGAUGCGAACAUUUUUCAGUAUUUAACUCAAUUGAAAAAGCUAAAUCUAGCAAGAAAUAAUAUUCAAAUCAUACCGAAAGGUUUAUUCAAUUGGACACGAUCGUUGCAAUGUUUAACAAUGGAUCGUAAUCCAUUAUUAAUGUUAUCACCAGAUACAUUUUUUGGUCUUGAACACUCUCUAGUUAAUAUAAGUUUACAAUCAUGUUCGUUAACAUCAGAAUCGCUAGAGUCUUUAUUGCCUUUGGAAAAUCUCGAACGUGUUAAGCUCCAGUCGAACUUUUUAACAACAAUUUUACCAGCGAAUCUGUUCUUUUCAAUGUCAAAGUUACUUGUUCUCGAUCUGCAACGCAAUCAAUUAAUAGAAAUCCCGUCGAAGUUUCCACCGUCGUUACGAGAAUUAGAUUUGGGAAAUAAUCGUCUCUCCAUUCUUCCGUUUACUAACCAUACGUUUGGACAAUUAUCUCAACUCGUAACUCUGGAUCUUAGUUCCAAUCCACUUCAAUGUGAUUGUCGAGUAAAACCAUUAUAUUAUUGGUUAUUGACACAUUUUCAACCCGAACUUGUCCCAUACGUGCAAUGGAUCUGUUCGACGCCGAAAGUUUUAGCUGGAAAGCAAUUAGGAACUCUUUCUAAUCAACAAUUCAUCUGUGUAGAAAAACAGUUAUUGUCAUUCAAUGUUUGGCCGAAAGAUUCCAAAACAGCUUUAUUAGAAUGGACGACGACCUUCUCGGGAUCGCCUAUAGAACUACUAGUGGUUGAAAAUGAUAUUCCAUUACCGAAACUUCAAAUGAAUGAUACACAGAAUUACUUUUUCCUCGAGAAUUUAAAACCUUCUACUUAUUAUUCCUUAUGUUUACAAACAGAUGACCAAAUUCAAUGCCGAAAUCUAACAACAAAAUCCCAACAGAUCGUUUCUCUGACAUCCUCCUCCUCCUCCUCUUCAUCAUCGUCACCAAUGUCGUUGUUUACGAUUGAUAUUCAAUAUUUAACUAUUGGCAUUUCAUUUAGCAUCUGUAUUGUCCUACUAAUCCUUUUCUUUCUCAUACUAACCUUAAUCAAACAUCGUAUUAAAUAUCCCCCUUCAUCGAAAACAACAGCAGCAACAAUUGAAUCUUACUAUCAAACAGGAGGAUCGGAUACGACUCAAACGGCAAUCUGCAGUAAAUCUCUUGAAGAACAUUCAGUCAAUAGUCUUCAAUACCAUCGAUCAACUCCAAUGUUCUGCUACUGCCAAUUGCCGUCAAAUUAUUGCCCGGAUCAGCAAUCGUAUCAUUUCUAUCAUGAAAUUCCUCUGUCCAAACCUGCUGUACUCAUUUAG